AUGGAAAUCAAAAGAAGCAGGACAUUCACGAACCUACCAACCCUCCGCCCCACCCUUCUCAAUACCACGAAUCAAAACUCUGUCUUCCGCGCCCCGAACCUCACAGCGCUCUCCCGGACCGGCCCACAACCAGUAGUAGCAGCCGGGACGGCGGCGGGGGCGGAAGGGGAAACAAUCGACGUGAUUGCGAGGCAAUCCAUUACGGGGCACCCGGCACUGGGCGGCGUGCACCAGAUCCGGUGCGGCCCGCGGCCGACCAUGUCGGGCCACUCGCGGCUGAUCCAGAAACGGCGGCACGGGUUCCUCAGCCGGAUUCGCAAGCACCACGGGCGCAACACGCUUGCGCGGAGGAGGGCCAAGGGGAGGAAGAGGCUGAGUGCAUGA